GCUACUGGGUGAAAGGUCACGGAAUCGAAGUGAAAUCACAUAAGAUGCGGUAACGUUGCACUGUCUGCGUCCAUCCUGUAAUAACAAGAACAACAAGAACAACAACAACAACAUCAACAUCUGGAAUUCAGCACCAGCUGUUUAGUUCUUGCAUCUUGAUUAUAUGUUGUAUUUUCUCCUUGCAGAUCUUACUUUGAGGUGUAAUAAUGGAUAAUCAUGCGUUUGAAUCCGUGGCCGAGCGAACUUUCCAGUAUCAGUCCACGCUGCCACCCCUGCCUGUGCCAUCCCUGGAGGAAAGCCUCAACAAGUACCUGGAUGCAGUGAAACCAUUUGCUUCUGAGCAUGAGUUUCGUAACACAGCAGCCAUCGUGAAACGCUUUGCUUCGGGAAUCGGGCAGCAUCUUCACCAACGCCUCCUACAACGAGCCAAAAGCAGGCGCAACUGGCUGGAGGAAUGGUGGUUGGACACGGCGUAUUUGGAAAUUCGAAUGCCGUCUCAGCUUAAUGUGAACUUCGGAGGUCCAGGGCCAUAUCUGGAGCACUGCUGGCCGGCUUGUGAAGGGACGCAGUUGGAGAGGACCAGUUUUGCGACGUGGCUCACACUUCAGUACUGGGACCUCAUCCGAACGGAGAAGAUGGCCGUGCAUAAAUCAGGAAACCUGGCCUUUGACAUGGAUCAGUUCCGCAUGCUUUUCUCUACCUGCAAAGUACCUGGGAUUAACAAAGACAGCAUUGUCAACUACUUCAAGACAGAAAGCGAAGGCCCAUGUCCCUCUCACAUCAUCGUGAUGUGUCGUGGGCGAAUCUUCACUUUGGACGCUCUCUAUGAUGGGCGCAUCCUCACUCCUCCUGAAUUACUGAGGCAGCUGACCUAUAUUAAACAGAGCUGUGAUGGAGAGGUCUGGGGUGACGGAGUGGCUGUUUUGACCAGUGAAGAGAGGACGAAAUGGGCUAAGGCACGAGAACAUCUGAUCUCAAUCGAUCCUGUCAAUAAGAACAUACUGGAGACCAUUCAGAGCUCGCUGUUUGUCAUCACACUGGAUGAUGCCAAGCCAUAUUCCACCCCUGAGAAUUACACCUCGAUGACCCUGUUGGCUCUGACAGGAGACGCCACUAUCCGCUGGGGUGAUAAAUCCUACAACUUUAUCUGCUUCGCCGACGGCACCUUUGCCUCAAACUGUGAUCACGCUCCCUACGACGCCAUGGUCUUGGUGUCGCUGUGUUACUACAUCGACCAAAAAUUGAGGGCCGCCUGUGGAAAAUGGAAGGGUCCAGAAGUGGUACGAAAUCUUCCUGAUCCAGAAGAGCUUGUGUUCACUGUAGAUGAACAAGUCAGAAGAGAUAUUACACUUGCUAAAGAGCAGUAUAGCAAAAGUACUCAGGAUCUGCAGGUCGUCUGCUAUGCCUUCACCUCUUUUGGUAAAGCAGCGAUCAAGAAGAAUAAACUUCACCCGGACACAUUUGUACAGCUGGCCAUGCAGCUAGCGUACUACAGGCAACAUGGAAAACCCGGGAGCUGUUACGAGACCGCCACCACACGCCGUUUUUAUCACGGCCGCACGGAGACUAUGAGGCCGUGCACAGUGGAAGCCAUACACUGGUGCAAAGUCAUGCUCAAUCCCUCAACAACUACUGAAGAGAAAAGACAAGCGCUGCUUCGUGCUUUCGACAAACACAACAAACUGAUGGAUGAGGCUCAGAAUGGAAAAGGCUUUGACAGACAUCUUUUGGGCCUGUACCUGACCGCCAAGGAGGAAGGACUUCCUGUUCCUGAGCUUUACUCAGACCCUCUCUAUGCUAAGAGCGGCGGAGGAGGGAAUUUCAUCCUUUCCUCCAGCCUUGUCGGCUACACGACUGUUCUGGGGGCCGUCGCUCCCAUGGUGCACCAGGGCUAUGGCUUCUUCUACCGCAUCCGUGACGAGAGGAUUGUUGCUUCCUGUACAGCCUGGAAAUCCUGCCCCGAGACAAACGCUGAGACGUUCUUUCAGAACUUGUGCACCUCCUUCCAUGACAUCAUGCGGGUCACGACCCUGUCCCAUCUGUAGAGUAAAGCUGUCUGGGAAACGGAGUCCUUUUAGUACAGGUUCAACUUUAUGUACGUAAACAAGCUAGCAGUGAUUAAAGUGCCUUUAGCUGAACUGAACCUCAGGCUUCCAUGCGAUACAAUACGAUUCAGAUUCAUAAGUAAACGAAUCAAUAUUUGAAUCCGCAAAGGUGCGAUAUGAUUAAAUUUAGUAGCCUUUAAUCGAUAUGUGACCAACUUUGUUCAGAAUCUGUUGUAGGCCUAAGCGACUGAUAAUUGCACAGAAUAGGACUAUUUUAAAAGUAGCAGAGUUCUGGGGAAAUCAUUUUGAUGGGCAUUUUAAUUGUUUAUACAUUAAUUUAAAAAUAUGAAUUAUUUUUGCACAUCAGUUUGUCCUUUUGAUAAAAAAAAAUCUAUUUUGAUUGUUGCAUAGAUUAAUGUCAAUUAUUGCUUUAUACAUAAACGCAUCAAUCCAAAUCAUCAGAUAGUUACACCCCUACUAAUUAACUAAGGAAUGACUUUUUUUUUUUACACUUCACUACAUGGUGUUGCCAUAUGGCAACAAGUAACUGAUCUACAAUUUUUUAAUCGCAUUAAAGGGAUGGAUUUAACUCUGACAUUUAAAAAAAAAAAAAAAAGCCAUCUCAUACAUUUUAUUAUUUUUGACUGUAUGAUGCUUUCCACCAUUACACAUUGUUGCCAUACGGUAACAGUUUACCAGAUACCCCACCCCCUAAUUUUAUUUCCACAUUUUUAAAGAUAUUUUUAUUACUUGAACUAAUUCAAGUAAUAAAAACCCAUUUAAAAACAUUUUUGGAUGUAAAUGUAAUAAUUUAUACAGUAGAGGGUUAGCAGAACAUUUGUGAAAGGUUUCGUUUGACCAGAGGCACCUGUGAUAAUCUUUCAUAUUUCUGCCUUUAGAUGUUUUACACCUCACCUCUCUGUUAGAGAUAAAACUUUCAUUUGUGAUGAGCAUUAUGUGGAAGUCUCGUGAACUAAGGGAUUAUUCAGAUGGUUUAGUCUUUCAUUUAAAAAAAUUCUAGCUUUUAAAUUGGGAAUUUUUGUUUACUGUUGCUUUAAUAAAUCUCUGCCUAUGUUACAGAUAUAUAAAAAAAAAAAAAAAAGAUUUAAUAUGUAUAGCUUUAAAAAGUACAAGUACUUGUAGUACAACUUGUACAAGUGCUCUUAUCAUAGAUUACCAACAUAAAUGAGAGAGUAAUGUAGACAGAGUUUAGUAUAUUAGCGGAAUUGCUUAAAUACAAAGCUGUAUUAUAAGUAAAAUUGCUUAGUUCUGCAUUGAAAUUACUUAUAAUGCUGAAUCACUGUAAAUUCAGUUGAUGGCAAUGUCAUUUACCGGAUUUCCAACAUGCAUGUAGGAUCCUUGAUCUUCAACCUUAAUAUUAGGGCUAUACAAGUUUUACAAUUCUGGCUAAAAUGAUGAUGUAUAUCGGUGGAUGAGAUGGCUAGAUUUUCUUUAGACAAUAUGAAAUUAGGGAGGCAAAGGUCCAAUGUGAACACUACUUAAUAAUCUUCCAUUAUUUUAAUGAACAAAGAGACCACAGUCCAACCCAUUUGGUUUCUGUUGGCUCACAAGAUUGAAGCUCGUGAAUUUCUGUGAAUUAACCCUUAACCCUCAACUGCUCAUCUGUGUAAAUUAGUCACUCUGGUUAAUUGGUUGUUAAUUACCUAAUGUGUUCAUUUGAAAAGUGCUGUCUCUCCCUGUGUGUAUGUGAAAUGCACAAAGAACAAGAUGGUUCAGUUCCAUCAUGAAGCCAGCACUUGGGUUCAACUCAUUCCUUGGCAUUACCUUACUGUUUUAAACUCCUCCACAGCUGCUUUAGAGAAGGUGAAGAGGAUUACAUAGAAAAUGCAAUACAACAUUGUGUGUGUAUAUAUAUAUAUAUAUAUAUAUAUAUAUAUAUAUAUAUAUAUAUAUAUAUAUAUAUAUAUAUAUAUAUAUGCAUAUAUAUGCAUAUAUAUGCGCUCCUACCCUUUGGAACUUAAGGAAGCUCAGACCUUUGACAUAUUUAAAGUUCAACUCAAGACAUAUUUUUUUUAAACUAGCAUUUGCUUGCUGAUGUCUACUUUUAUUAUUAUUAUUAUUAUUAUUAUUAUUAUUAUUAAUCUAUUGUUUGUUGUUUUUUUUUCUGUGUACUGCUUAUUUUGUCCACAGCGCUUUGAGAAACUGCUUUUAAAGGCGCUCUAUAAAAUAAAGUUUAUUUUAUUAUUAUUAUUAUUAUUAUUAUUAUUAUUAUUAUUAUUAAUAUAUAUCUACUGAAGGUAUAGAAUACAUGAUAAACCCCCACGCAAAGAUCAAUGCAAAUGAACAGAAACAAUGCAAUAAUUCAUACUACAUUUCAUUUCUGUAACUAGUUUUCUGUGUAUUAUACUGUUUUGCUCAUUUGAAUUUGAAUCACAAGUGAAAUGUUCACUCUUCUGUGCUAUAUCUCUGUGUUUUGAUUAUAGAUCAGGAGUAAAGUGUUUGUUUUGUUAUUACCGUAUAAAAGACUUUGAAACAAACAUUCAAAACGUGUUUCAAAAGACACAUCUGCAUGAAAGUAGGGGCAUCAGCAAGUAUUACAUGUUCAAGCUAAAGAAAGAUGGAACUGUGGAGUUCGCCAUAUCGUUAGGAGAUCACGAUGCCACGGUCAUCUGUGCCUGUGCAUCUGUGAGCUCAUGUAUGAGGAAGAGGGAGGACAGUGCUUUGUUUUUUCAAACUGCUACUCAGGGCAGUAGUUUUAAAAGAUAUGGCGGCUGGGUUUUCAUGUCUCGGAGGAAACGUUAGCAGUCACUCUCUUCGCUUGGUAGCUGUCGUAUGAUAGGGAGAGCUGGAUGGUGGGUGAGAAUUGGUAGGUGACCAAAACUGGGGUGAAAAUGAGAGGACUAAGCACUUAUGCUAUAGGUACUAAUAUAUUUUCAGAACAAUUAUUCCCAAAUGUAAUCACUCCAAUAACACUAUAUUGAUUGUCUGUGUGCACUGAAAUAAUUCACUUAUGUAUAAUUUAAUAAUAUGUUCAUGCUUUAAGAAUUGUAGAGGUAUGUAGUCAUAAUACUGUGCCAGGAAUUUUUCAUGACCUUGUAAAACAUUAAUGCUUUCUGUAUGAAUGUACUGGUUGUGGAUGGGAAAGACUGAAAAUAAAACUGUAAAUGAAUUAUA